AUGGAUAAGAGUUGGAUGAUGAUACAAGAUCGGCUAAAAAGUAAAGAGUAUUUAGAGGGUGUUCAGUCAUUUAUUGAGUUCGCUACAAAGAAUUUAGGGCCGCAGGAUGAGAUCCGUUGUCCUUGUGUUGAUUGCUUGAACGGCACAAAAUUUAGUCGACACGUUGUACGGUUGCAUUUGAUUCGAAGAGGAAUCACAAUUUCUUAUCGAACUUGGGUGCACCAUGGGGAACAUGCUCCCAUAUUUCGUGAUCAUCCUAGUAUGCGAAACGAUGAUACCGAAACCAAUGAACCUGGAAUGACUGACAAUCACGAAAAUGUGGAUGAACUUCCUACCAUGUUAGAAGAGAUUUACAUGAGUGGUCUCAUGGAUGAUAAUAUCGACGAAGAACGUACUAGUUCGGAGAGGCACAAUUUGUUGAAGUUCAUGAAGUUCUUCGAUGAUGCUCAACGCAAAGUAUAUCCAGACUUUUUCAAAGACAUUCUACCAAACUGUGAUGAAACUGUUCCAUGGACUCUUUAUGAAGUGAAAAAGUUCUUACGUGAAUUGGGUUUGGGAUAUGAGGCCAUUCAUGCAUGCAAAAACGAUUGUACUCUAUUUUGGAAGGACAACGCCACAUUGGAGAAUUGCCCUACAUGUACGGAGUGUAGAUACAAGUUGAACGACAAGACGGGUAAAAAAAUUCCACACAAAAUACUUAGGUACUUUCCUUUGACACCGAGGUUGAAGAGAUUGUACAUGUCGAAAAAAACAGCCGCAUUUAUGACAUGGCACAAAGAUAAGCGUGUGGAUGAUGGAGUACUACGACAUCCAGCUGAUGGUGAGGCAUGGAAGGAUUUUGAUAGGUUGCAUCCUACGUUCUCUGCGGAUCCUCGGAAUGUAAGACUAGGGCUUGCCACAGAUGGUUUCAAUCCAUUCGGAAAUAUGAGACGAUCCGCACCUGGAAGAGACAUCGAUAUUUAUUUGCAACCAUUAGUAGAAGAGUUAACUACUUUGUGGGAGCAUGGUGUGCAAACAUAUGAUGCCUUAAAUGGCCAAAUAUUUACAAUGCAUGCAGCAGUCAUGUGGACCAUCAAUGACUUCCCCGCAUAUGGUUCCUUGUCUGGUUGGAGUACAAAAGGUUACUUGGCCUGCCCUAAUUGCAACAUGGAUGCUUCAUCUCAGAGUUUGCGAAGUAAGAUAGGGUAG